AUGCGCAGCUCACUCAGCGUCGCAGACGGCAUGCUCGCACCACUCGUCGAACACGACCUCGCACUGCGUCCAGCGCGCGCACAAAACGAUUCUGCGCGGCACACGCUCUUCCACAACCACCAACUCGACCUCCGCUCGGACUCCGGCGGCCGCGGCCGUGCCGGCGAGCGCGCCGCCCGACACAUGUGUGCACGUGGCCGGAACGCCAGCCAACCUGCCGGCGAGGGCGGCUGGCUCGUUGACCAGUCCGCGCGAGAGGCUGCGCGCGAGGCCGCCACCAAGGAAGCUGCCGCCCGAGCGGCAGCCGAGGCCGAAACGGCGGCGGCCAGAGAGGCGCUGGAGUGCUCCUACCUGCCCGACGGCUGGUACUGCUACGGACCGCCGCUGAACGUCAAGUACGCCGGCGACGCGGGCGGCGGCGACCGCGACCAGUACAUCGCGCAGCCGGGAAGAUUCGCACAGCCGCAGGACGCGCGCACGGCGGCCUUGGAACGCGCGCGAGAAGAAUGCUGCAACUGCCGCGACGGCUACUUCGCCAGACCCGCCCGUUUCCGCGCCUCCGGCUCCCUCUCGCUGCAGCCUGCUCCGACACACGCGAAACUGCGCGCAGAACAAGCCGCGAGACAACCCUUCACCGGACUCACCAGGGCCGCACGAGACGCACAGGACAUCAGGCCCCCUAAAGCCGUCCAUGACCUCAAACACGACGCAGCCAAGACACCCAACCAAGUCCACCAGAACCAAGACAACAAUAAAACCCAAGAUACCAACCAAGACGCCGGGAACGACCACUCCCAAGACGACGCGAAUGAUAAGCGGCGAACGAAUGCUACAGAGCCACGCUCGCGACCACCACCCCCGCACGCCGAACCACCGUCGCUUGAAGACGUACCCGUCGCCCCCGCGGAGCACCCUCCCACGGCGGGAAACCCUUCCUCUGCUGGAGUAAGGAAACUGACAGAAUACGGCAGCGACCGGGAUGCCAAGAACGCCACCGGGGUCGCGGCCAAGGGCGCCAUGUACUCUGGCCUAUCCGCCGUCGAACCGAGCGGCCUGGACGCAGGGAUCUAUGUGGGGCCGUCACUAAUUGAGAGACGUGCGGCGCACAAACCCGAGUUUGGCACAGCCGGUGAGAAUCGUGGGAGUCACGAAGAAUAUAGUGUUUUUAAGGAUGUAAAUCCACAGGACUUGAUUGAUCCCGACCGGAGACUAUUGGAGCACGGGUUGCACCUCCAAGGACUGAACCUAUCGGAUGCAAAGGAUGCCACGCGUGCCUUCAUGAAAAGUUUCCAGGCCCCAGAGACCGUGCUCCACGCGUCGUUUGACGACGCCAUGAAUACGACCCACCCAGCUAACCUAAACGACGUGGAUCUAUACAAGGCACGGUUUGAGGAUAACUCGCCGGCAGCGCGCGAGUUGCGGCGGCAGAUGAACCAGCUACCUCAUCACGACUUCGUGAAACAGCGGUCUGGUCACCUGGCCUACACCGGGGCGGCAGACCACGAAGCGGUACAAACGGACGCACACGGCGAGUCCAAGAAGACCUUCGCAGCCUUGGCCAAACCGGUCGGAAGCGCCGCCACUCGGACGGUGCCCGCUGCUGCACUACGGGAGGACGCCGAAUCCCGAGAGGGUGUGAGUGCACUGAGGGAGGACGCCGUUCUCGAGUCCUCUGUCGAAGAGGAAGAUCCUCCCCCACGGGAAGACAUGCACCACCAGUUUCUGAAGAAAGGCGAAGGCCACUUGAGCAGUGAGCGCCUGAGUCAUGUAGAGCCGAACCCGACUGAGGGGGACUCGAAUGCGACCGGCGACGUGAAGCACACUUUCGAUGCGUUGGCCCAGCCCCGCACUGCGGUGGCUGCAGGCUUCGUGACGAACGCGCGCAGGGGCGAGCCGUUGGACACCGACCGUUAUGGAAACUUGCAUCCUGUGUCGCAGUUUAGUACAGACCCCCAAGACGCUCCGGAGCCGGAGGGACACAAAGACAAGGGGAAAGCUGGGCAAGGCGGGGGGCAGGCGGGGGGUGAUGAGCAGGAGUCGACUGGCGACGAUGUGAGUCGCGCGGAAGGCCGUGCAGGUGGCAGCGGCCAAGAUGUGCGUCGCGGGGACGACGCAGGAAGCUUCGGUGGCGGUCACCGACUGCACAGUUCGGACGAUAAAGUGCAGUUGUCUGUAGGAGGCGCUAGUCCUGUAGCCCCCAGUCGUGGGGCUCCUAGUCCUGCCUUCGAACUGACGCCAAAGUCUGAGUUUGACCACGAUCUGGCCCUCAACUCGCUCGAGAGCGAGGGUGGGCCUCCGUCGCCUAUGAAGAAGCCGGGUGCUCGUAUGUUGUCCCCGUUCCUGCUUGGCGAGAAUAUCCGCGGCAUCUGGCACACGGGAGUCGAGGUGUUUGGAAAGGAGUACUUCUUUGGUGGCGGUAUUUACAAGGUGCCCCCGGGGGAGUUGGCGGCGAUGCAGUUGAAGCAGCGACGGUUUCUGGGAACUACGAGACUGAGUCAGUACGAUUUCGAGACUUUCCUCGUGGACCUCAAACCUUUGUUUAAUCAUACAACCUACAACUUACUUACCUGGAAUUGUAAUCAUUUCUCCGAUAUGUUGAUGAGAUUUCUCGUUGGACGAGGCAUCGACCCUGAAAUUGUCAACCUGGGCUCCAAAGUUCAAAAGACCUUCAUGGGCAGGUGUUUGGCCAACUGUCUGAUGGCGGUGCAGCCGCAGGAUACAAGUACGAUUCUCUGA